AUGAGUGACACGGAAGAACCAAUGGAUACAGCAAAUGACAAGAGUGAUUCGGAUAAUACUACACCUACUAAACAUGCUGAUGAACUUGAAGAAGAACUUGGUGGUGUUGAUGAACUACCUGAAGGAGAUGGAGAAGAAGAUUCUGAUCAAGAAUAUACAACAAAAAAAAAGAAACCAAUUAAAAAACCUGAAAUAGUUCUUGAUCCUGCUUUUCAAAGUCGAUUGAAUGAAGAUCAAGUUAAACGAUUUAAUUAUUUACUUGAACAAACAGAAAUCUUUUCACAUUUCGUUCAAGAUGGUCAACUUAAUAAACAUUCAAAAGGUGCUGGAUCAACAUCACCUUUAAAAAUGAAAACACCAGCAAAAAAAACCGACAACACCAACUAA